AUGUCCCAACUGAAACUUUUGUCACAGUCAGAGCUGGCGCUCGAUGCGCGAAGGGAGCACCGAAUCAACGCAAACUCGUUCCAACAGGAUGCGCUGACAACCUUCAACGGGUGGCAGUAUGCCUGCUUUUACCGCCAUAAGGAUGCGACGAGUAAUGUCCUCUUCGUCAGCUUGGCGCGGCGACCCAUCAGGGAUACACUCGGCGAUUGGGAGACAUUGACAUUUGAGGACUAUGAACAAACGGCGGAUGAUGGACACAACACCAUCUCGAUAGGCGUAUGUGAGGGAGACGGCACGAUCCACGUCGCCUUCGACCACCACUGCGAUCCAUUGCACUUUCGCAUGUCAGUACCAGGCGUUGCGACGAGCCCAGAGACACACAAGUGGGAAGCAUCGCUGUUCAGCCCAACACACAAUCAACUGCCGGGAUACACGCGCACCGGCCAAUUGGCGAUUGAAAAGAUCUUCCUGGAAACGACGUACCCUCGCUUCAUUCGCGUCGACAAUGAUCUUUUGUUGAGCUAUCGCAUCGGCAUAGCCGGUGCAGGCUCCGAUCACCUCUUCAAGUACAGCAGCAAGGACCGAACCUACUCCUACAUUGGCCAAUUUCUCACCGGCGUCAAAAACAACCCGUACAUCAACGGCAUUUCUUAUGCCAACGGCCGCGUGCACGUGUCUGGGACAUACCGGGGGUUCGUAUGGUACGAAGGCGUGGACGACCCGGAAGCGCGCCUGCACACGGUGCAGGCUGGACCAAAUGGUCCAGAGAACAACUACAGCCUCUUCUACGUCUCGAGCGACGAUCUCGGCAAGACGUUCAACAACAGCAGAGGCGAGCGGCUGGCGAAUCUCGAGGUCGGCGAGACUGUCUUCCCAGACGCGGAUGGCCUGAUCGUGUUCGACAUCCCGCAGAACAGCGGCAUCCUGAACCAGGAGGCCCAAGCAGCCGACGAGGACGGCGGGUUCCACGUCUUGAAUCGCGAAAACGAAGUCUGGAUGCACUACUACCGCAGCCCCGAGGGCCACUGGAGCAGGUACGCGUUGCCUGACGCGCUGCCGACGCGGACGGGGGCCCGGGGAGAUGUCAUUGCUUUACCCGGGAAAAGGACGGUGGUGUUCGCUCUGCCGGGCAAUCGAGAUAACAAACUCACGGUUGUGGGCGCCAGGCUGCCUGAGACUGCGGCGGCGGAUGAUGCGACGGUGCGGUUGGAGUAUCGCUGCCUGUGGCAGGGGGAUGGGUUUUCCGGGGAGCCGCAGCUCGAGACAUUUGUGUCUGGGUCAAGGCAGGUGGUUUCAAUAUACACGCGAACCGAGGAGAAGCAAAGAAAGGUUGUGGUGUUGGAUUUUGCGCUGGAGGAUGGCCUGUGA